AUGCUCUACCUCUCCUCAGUCAUAUCACCCCUUGUCCGACCAGGACUCUGGGCGCCUCGCCCACCCGCGUCUCUCCUGACCGGCUUCGCAGCCUUCUCUUCCACGCGACCUGCCGCCAUCACAAGAGCCGCCCUUGCAUCAGAGUCUGAAGAAGCUCGAGCACGACGGCUCGACUACCACAGGAAGUGGCAAAAGCUGCUCGUGCACNAAGAGACAGAUGAGGACCGACAAAAACGCUUGAUCCGACGACGCCAACAUUACGCCUCCUCGCCUGAUCUUCGCAAGAAAUGUAUCGAGUAUUACAGGGACAACCGGGCUAGAAAGGUUGAAUCCUUCAAGGAGAGAUGGCUCGAGACACGCCAUGAGCAAAUACCGCGCUUUCGUCAACUGCGCGCUGAGAGCUUGAAGAUCCGUCGCGCUGCAACCCUUGGCGCUUUUAUCCACAACAACAAACGAUGGAUCAGAGAGAUGUGGUCCUGGCCGACUCAUGAGCCUGUCAAUCACGCUGAGAGAGUCGACCACUACUGCACAAACUGUGACCGACCCCGCCACUUAAAGCUAUGGUGGAAAGAAAAGCAUCGCCCACAAGUCCCGAAGACUGAUUCAUCCCAAGAUCGAUAUAUGUGCAACUCUUGCUUCGCCAGCAGAUGGGAUCUCGUCGUUCCGGAGGGCAACAUUGAGAGACUGCCAGCCUUGUUCACCUCGCCAAACCAUCCACCACCUGCAAAACGUACAGACACGAACAAGGCACAUCAACACGCCGACACCACCAUGAGAAAAGAGACCGAGAAGAAAGGAUGA